UGUUCCGGCGGCGGUGGGUAUGUGAUAUGUGGGUAUGUAUGUAUGUAUGUGGGUGGGUGUGGUAUGUGCUGGUACAAGGUAUCAAAACACACAAACUGCCAAAAACAAAAAAAUCCAGUGAAAUGGGGCCAACUCUUGUGUGUAUGUGCGUGUGUGCGUGUUAUGUGUGUGUGCGUGAGCGUGUGAGCGUGUGUGUUUUCCUUUCUUUCUUUCUUUCGUCUUUCUUUCCUUCUUCUUUCCUUCCAAACGCGUCUCGGGAUGGAUACACGGCGGGAUAUUGCAGAGGGCACGAAUGUAAAGGGCUAUUGCACCACGCAAUUCGAUGGAAGGCUCGAUUCGACGACUGACGACGCGGCUGCAGAGGGAACCUCUUCUUUAAGAUGACGGCUGUGGCGGCGGCGAUUGGCGACUUUGAGGUUGCAGGCGGGAGUGGCGUAGGGGGGGAGGGGGGGGCAGCUCAAGAAGGAAUUCAGAUCCAAGGCCGAUGUUAUUGGUUGGAGGGGUGGAAAACACAAGUCGAUGUCAGCACUCUCAUUCCUGGAAUUGGCGAACAGAAUUCGAGGGAUUGAAAGUGAUGCGGAGAAGGAGGGGGGGGAGGCUUCUUGAAAUAAAACGAGAUGUGCAAGAGACAGGGGGUCUGCAGGACUGGUGGGAGGGCGGGGAGGGGG